AUGUUGUCAAUAUGUAAUCGAUUGAAUAAACCUGUUGAACACCAUUCUCAACUAUCUGAUGAUGAAGUUUAUGUUGCUUGGCAUCUACAGAAUAAACAAUUAUAUAUUAAUAUGCCAGAUAGUGCUUUAUUAAAACGAACUUCUGAUUUAUGGACCUUCAAAACGAAACUAGAAACAAUUAAAACUUAUGCUGAUUAUUUCGAAUAUAAAUUACCAAAUGUUUGUAUUGAUCGAGAUUCUUUAAUGGCAACAGUGAAAGCUAUAAGCCAUCCUCGAAUAAACUAUCUUCAUCGAAUACCAACAGAAACAAAAGCAGCUAAAAAUUCUACAAACGAUUUGAGUGAUCAAUGUAUUCACUAUCCUAUAGAACUGCUUCAUUAUGGUCCAGUAAAUCAAGCUGAUUUGAAACUAUUCCAUAAGUUACCAAGCAUUCUUGUACGUCUUACUCAAUUAUAUUGGAUUGAACAAUUGCGAAUAGUAUUUGCUUCUGAAAUUAAAAGUUAUACAGUAGGAGAACCUUAA